AUGCCGGACCCCUUCUGGAUAUGUCACGAGUGUCACUCGGAGAUGCGCCCCAUCUAUACCGACAACAUUCCACACUGUGCUUCGUGUAAUGGCGAGUUCAUAGAAAUACUCGAUCCAGAAAUCAACCCAGACCCCUAUCACGAACUUCCUCCUCCACCUCCAACUCGCCCGGGACAAGGGCCAGCACCUCCCCGUGGCAAUUUUCCCCCGUUCUUGUUCAAUUUCCCCCCGCCACCCCAUCACACGGCGCGUGAUGACGCUGACCCGCCAAGUCCAACUCUUCCCGAGCACUCCGACAACCCUCCCACUCCUGGCUCAUUCCUCUCCAAUCUAUUCGGUCUUCUGUCAGCUGGAAAUCGGGAAAACAACCCUGGAGGUAAUGGUGGACAGCCGAGCCGUCCCCCGCCCCUGUUUGCAGACCAGCUCCCACGCGACAACCAAGGUGGCGAAGGAUCUAACGGUGAUCAGGGUGGUCCAGGAAGGCCCAGGACGUAUUCUUUCAACCUGGGAAACACGCAUACCAGUGUCACAGUGGGAAGCUUCAAUCUGCGUGGAAAUGUGGGCGGACAAGGUGCACCGCAGAAUCCAUUUGCUGCAUUUGGAGGGUUGGAUGACCCAGAUCCAUUCGCUGCUGAACCCCCGGGCGCUGGAAACCGCCCUCGUAAUGAUCCGAACAUGACUGAUGAAGAACGCCUCCAGCAGGAAGCUCGGCAGGUGCUGCAAACCAUAACUGCUGUGCUUUCCGGGGAAGGGGGUGCAGGAUUCGUCUUUCCUGGUGGAGGUAAUCUCGGAGACUAUGCAGGCAGCGAUGGUGAAUUCCAAGACAUUCUGGAUAGAUUCAUGGAUGCCGCCGGACCACAGGGCUCGGUCCCGGCAAAUGAUACUGUCAUCGAAGGUCUCCCAAGGUUUAAAUUCGACGAAAAGUCAUUGUCUCAGAGCCAAUUCAAAGACUGUCCUGUGUGCAAAGACGAUUUUCAAGUGGAUGAUGCGGUUGUCAGAAUACCUUGCCAGCAUACUUUCCAUGACGAUUGUCUUGUACCUUGGCUAAAGCAAAACGGUACCUGUCCAGUCUGGCAAGUCCGGUUCUCCUUGGUCAGCGAAGAAGAUCGGGAAGCACACAGGCGCCGAAACAAUCCCCUCAACCAGCCUUUCGGUGGCCUCAACCAGGGCCAAGAUGGCAAUGCUGGCAAUAGGCAAGGACAGCAGGGUCAAAAUCUACCAGGCGGGAUGCCGGGAAUGCUAGGCGGACUGUUUAGGAACAUCUUUGGCCUUGGUGAUGAAAUCAACUUGGCAAGUGGCCGGGGCGCGAACGAGAGGUCAGGGCGCGAUGUUCCCAGACCUCCUGGACCCGACGUCUCUGCUAGGGACAGCCACCAAAACCCGGCUUAUGAUGAUCAACGCACCGCUUCCGAGUCCUCGGACGACGACUCACCUAUCCGGGUCUUUGCCGAAAACCCACCCGCCAGCACAUUCCAAUCUUCCGCGCAUAAUGACUCUCUCAACCUCGGCAAUCCGAUCCCGUCUUCAGGUGCGACGACCCCCGGAGGCACCGCGCAAUCUCGAAAUCGGGAAGAAGAUGCUCAGAGAGUGCAGGCGUUUGACAGACUUCAAGAAAGGGUCGCGAGGGAUUAUAUGACGCCGAGGGAAAGAAGGGAAAGGGAAGAAAGAGAAAGAGAUCAGAAUGAUAAUGGAUAG